AGCAGCGCCUCGCAAAAAGCUCCAGCUCUCCGAGCAAAAGCUGCCAGAUCAGCACGCAGGUCGUCCGCCGACGCCAGCGCGCACCAGUUCAGCAACUUACGCAAGUCUAAGCGAGCGCCGGGCAGCACCGGGCAGCCCGACAGACCAGCUAAGAGGCAGCACAGACACACCCACAAGCAACCAUGGGCGCCGGCGCGAGCGCCGAGACGAAGAUCACGAAGAGCGACGCGCUCAUGGCCGUGCACGAGGCCUUCCAUGGGAAAGGCGACGGCGAGUUAUCCAUCCAGGAGAUCGUCUCCGCGGCGCCGGCGCCGACACCCAAAACGGCGCCCGCGAGCUCGCAGGACUGGAGCGCCAUGUUACGGGCGCCGCCGGACCCUUCCGUGGCGGCGCGCUACGCGGCCGAACAUCGCAAGGCCGUCGAUGUGCCGAAGCGGCUGCAGCUCGCCUUACAAGAUGAGGGCGCCAUGUUCCGGCUGUGCACGCACUUCCAGCGCAAGGAGGACAAGAAUUCCGAUGGAGGGUUGACCAUGGACGAAUUUACCCAUUUAUUCAAUCAAAUCGACCCGGACGCCCCGAACGAGAUCAUCCAGGAGAUGUUCACGCUGGCCGACACGAACCAGAUGGGGUCCGUCGACACGUGGGAGGUCAUGCCCAUCAUGCACCGCAUGAUUAAUCACGCCCUUCAUACGCGCAUCACGGAAGAAUUGCGCAAAGCCGUGGUGGAGAUUUAUGAAGCGGACAUCAACGUCACGGCGUCUUUACCAAGCAACAACGACGGCGACCUGGCCGGUUCGCUGUCCAAGUUCGCCUAGAAUUCGCACGCGCGACGCGACGGUCGACGCCUAAGUCCUAUGUCCUAA